UCGCUCGUCAAUAUGGCGUUCGAAAACAGACCGUCCGAGCUCCGCGUCCCCGGUUCCUAUCAAAACCAGUACACCUGUACAACAAUUCAAUAUAGAUCGAUAAAAACAUCGAGUUCGCCGCCGCCAUAUUACUACGAAGACGUCAAACCAGUGAUAACAAUACCCUUUUCGAUUAACAACAUUCUUCAACCAGAUUUUGGUUUGAACGCAAUUCGUAAGACCAAAUUACAAUUGGGUCGAAGGACUGUGUCCAGCGAAACCAAAGAGCCAAAGAUCGUUGAGCAAAAGAGGCCGGACUCGGCUAGUUCUGUUGUGUCUUCUUCGAGUGGUUCAACGAGUACAGACACGAACAGCCAGUCUGGAAAUGGAACUCUAUGGCCGGCGUGGGUCUACUGUACGAGAUAUAGCGAUCGACCAAGUUCAGGUCCAAGGAGUAGAAGAAUGAAGAAGAGAAUGACGCCGGAAGAGAAGAGGCCGAGGACUGCGUUCAGCGCUGCUCAGCUGCAGAGAUUAAAGCACGAGUUCGCCGAAAACCGGUACCUGACUGAGCGCCGACGCCAGGCGCUGGCUGCAGAACUGGGCCUGGCGGAAGCGCAGAUCAAGAUCUGGUUCCAGAACAAACGAGCAAAGAUCAAGAAGGCUACGGGUCAUCGGAACCCGUUGGCUAUGCAGCUCAUGGCCCAGGGGCUUUACAACCACAGUACCGCGAAUGAAAGCGAUGAUGAUGAAGAAAUUAGUGUUACGUAAAUGAUAAUCACAUUCUGGUUGAUUAGUUAUUCUUAACUGUAUAUAUUUGAGCAAUGCACCGAACGCCGGACUGAUCACAUACGGUUGAUCACGGAAGACUGACCAUGGAAGGGCAGAACUUUUGACGAUAUAAAAUGAUUGAAGAUCUAUUCUUGCUGUCGAACCCAUGGAAGCAAGACCACGGCAGGUUGAUGACAGAACAAUUGUCGUUAGAAUUAAUUGAAAUUAUUGACACUCUAUUUUUGCUGUCGAACCCAUGGACUACAAGAGAAGCAUGACAAAAUAUAUGUCAGAACGGUCUUGCAUUCGAACAACAUCCCAAUAUCCAAUGGCACUCACGUUGAAGACGAUUCGAAGGGUGAUUUUGCGUUAAAAGUUUCCUCAUGUGGCUUAGUGGAAAUCUAGAAAAACGCUUGUGGAUUGGAAAGGGCUCUGUAGUAGAAUAUUGUAGUCAAUGUUGAUUUUUUCUGGGAACCUUUUUGUAACAGCUCCUGUUAUUUAUUAUAAUUUCGAAACAUUUUGAUGCUAAUAUUCCUAGAGGAAUAUUAGCAUCAAAAUGGAAUGCGCUUUAAGUAAUGUUUUUGAAUUGUGACUUUAUAGAUUUAACUCUCUUGAAAGGCCAUCUAAGAGUCCGUAUGAACUUUUAAGUAUGGCACUAAAUGUCGUCAAUAGUUUAGUUAAGAGUUAACUGUUUAUAUAUAGCGGUUAAGUGAUUAGUUAAUUGUAUAUAGUUUUAGAAAAUUCCUAUAUUUAAUUAGCGUCAUAUAUAAGAAUUAGGAUUCUGAAGCCUGUGCAUGGCAGGCCUUUGUACGCCUGAUACGUGGAACCUCCACGUUAGCUUGAAAACGAAAUUAGUUUUUGUUAUAAUUUGUAGGAGGGUAGGACCUCACAGUUCUCAAUUACUGAAUUUUCUAUGUAAUGAUUAGUAAUGUAUCGUUAAGGAAUUCUUUAAUAUAUAUAUAAUCAAAAUUAAUUAAUUAUACAGUAUUCAUUUCGGCCUACCCUCUUUAAUGAAUUUUUAAAUAAUAAAGUGAUAACAAAAAGCAAUUGAUGGCUGAUUGAUUACUAAUCCUUUAGAUAUACAUAUAUAUACUUUCCUGACUGGAAUUAGCCCUGAAAAUUUAUAUUACGUUUGUGUAUCCGUUAGUUAAAUAUGGGAAUUGUAAAUGAUGCGAUAUCAUAACCAAUUUAUUGUAAUUUUAGAUAAAUUAUUUCGUG